GACGCAGCUUAAGUACGUCCCGCGCACCCGCGCGCCGAGCUGGACCCGGAGCUGCGCAUGCGCCGUCGGUAGGCCUGAAGCCAAGCGAACGAGGAAGUUCCUUCGCCAGAACUCAGUUCUCAUUGGAACGGAGAAAGUUCGCGGGCGGAGCGGUUUGUUUGGCGCCUGCGUCGUGCAGCGAGCGGGCUGGAAGGCUGCGACUUUGCUGGCGCGAGCGGCUGCAACGCCGGUGCCUGAGGAGCGAUGCCGAGGGAAAUCAUCACCCUACAGUUGGGCCAGUGCGGCAAUCAGAUUGGGUUCGAGUUCUGGAAACAACUGUGCGCCGAGCAUGGUAUCAGCCCCGAGGGCAUCGUGGAGGAGUUCGCCACCGAGGGCACUGACCGCAAGGACGUCUUUUUCUACCAGGCAGACGAUGAGCACUACAUCCCCAGGGCGGUGCUGCUGGACCUGGAGCCGCGGGUGAUCCACUCCAUCCUCAACUCCCCCUAUGCCAAGCUCUACAACCCAGAGAACAUCUACCUGUCUGAGCAUGGAGGAGGAGCUGGCAACAACUGGGCCAGCGGAUUCUCUCAGGGAGAGAAGAUCCACGAGGACAUUUUCGACAUCAUAGACCGGGAGGCAGAUGGCAGUGACAGUCUAGAGGGCUUUGUGCUGUGCCACUCCAUCGCUGGGGGGACGGGUUCCGGCCUGGGCUCCUACCUCUUAGAACGGUUGAAUGACAGGUACCCCAAGAAGCUAGUGCAGACCUAUUCAGUGUUUCCCAACCAGGACGAGAUGAGCGAUGUGGUGGUCCAGCCCUACAACUCACUGCUCACGCUCAAGAGGCUGACCCAGAAUGCAGACUGUGUGGUGGUGCUGGACAACACAGCCCUGAACAGGAUUGCUACGGACCGCCUGCACAUCCAGAACCCGUCCUUCUCCCAGAUCAACCAGCUGGUGUCCACCAUCAUGUCGGCCAGCACCACCACCCUGCGCUAUCCCGGCUACAUGAACAACGACCUCAUCGGCCUCAUCGCCUCGCUCAUUCCUACCCCUCGCCUGCACUUCCUCAUGACUGGCUACACGCCCCUCACCACAGACCAGUCGGUGGCCAGCGUGAGGAAGACCACGGUCCUGGAUGUCAUGAGGCGGCUGCUACAGCCCAAGAACGUGAUGGUGUCCACAGGCCGGGACCGCCAGACCAACCACUGCUACAUCGCCAUCCUCAACAUCAUCCAGGGCGAGGUGGACCCCACCCAGGUCCACAAGAGCCUGCAGAGGAUCCGGGAAAGGAAGUUGGCCAACUUCAUCCCCUGGGGCCCAGCCAGCAUCCAGGUGGCCCUGUCCAGGAAGUCUCCCUACCUGCCCUCGGCCCAUCGGGUCAGCGGGCUCAUGAUGGCCAACCACACCAGCAUCUCCUCGCUUUUCGAGCGGACCUGUCGUCAGUACGACAAGCUGCGGAAGCGGGAGGCCUUCCUGGAGCAGUUCCGCAAGGAGGACAUCUUCAAGGAGAACUUUGACGAGCUGGACACAUCCAGGGAGAUUGUGCAGCAGCUGAUUGACGAGUACCACGCGGCCACACGGCCGGACUACAUCUCCUGGGGAACUCAGGAGCAGGCUGGUGUGGAGACAUCCCAGUUGAGGUCUGUAGAGCCAUUGAAUGGACCCAGGGUUGUCAGAACAUGAGAGGGCUUUGAUCACCUAUGCACACAGGGCAGGCACGGCCCUGGGAGGAGGCUGUCAGCCCAAACUGGCUUCAGGUUCACCUGCAAAGAAUCCCUGUCACCCAGGUCAGGGUAACUGUGAACCCGUGUAUCCCUUCUUUCCCUUACUACCCCAGGAUAUCUGGGGCCAAAGCCAGAGAUUAGACCCAGGGGGUCAAAAGGCUUGGGGCUGGCUCAGCAUGAAGGUGAAACACAGCCCAAAAAGGUUCCCGUGACUCCCCUAGAGAGUGGAAGAGUACCCACGACCUUGGAGCAAAUUGAGAUUUUUUUCCUCUUUAAUGUUAGAAAGUGCACUUGCUUAUUACUGACCUGGGGAUGAUACACUUUUCCUUCCAUGAACCUAUUUAUCCAAAAUAAAGCACUGGCUGUGACCAGUGAACAACAACCAGGUCGGACCCUUAGAAACAAAGGGGACCCUUGCAGGACUGCUGGGCAGUGAGCAGACUGCCUGAUAGGUGGCAGGAAGGCCACCUAUCACCACCACAGCCAAAGCACGAGUCUGUCACUUGCAGUUGCCAGGGUCUGAAGGAGGCUGUGGGUGUUAAGCAGCUAACAGUUCUCCAGUCAGGAAGAUGGUGACUUCAGAGCAAACCAGUGUGUGCCUGGUCCCUUCUUGGCUCCCCCUCCCACCCCCAGGCCACUGGGCAGCUUGCCUUGCUGCUCUCCCUUUACCGCCCCUGCCCUUGAUCACCAACCUUUAACCCUGGGACAUCUACACAAAUGGCUGGUGCUGAGUGGGAGAUCAUGAGGUGCCAGAUGUGGUGAGAAUGCUGUGUGUAAGUGGCACAAACCAUGUCAGGGCCUUAGAACCCAUUUAUAAGAGAGUGGAGCCCCAGGUGGGAGGAAGCACCCCAAGAAUCCAGAUUAAAAGCUGUGUGUGUCUAAUACUCUAGUCUCCAGCCUCGGAGGGUGGCUUCCUGGGCAGCUGGGCCUCCCUGCAGAGAGAACUGGACCUACAGAGAUGGCUCCUUUUUCUGUCUGCUAAUGACAAGUACAGACACCUCAGUGCCAGCUUCAGAGCCAGGCCCCUCCCCCAAGGCUAUUUCCAGAACACCCAUCCCCCCCACACCAGAGUAGCCCCUCCCUGUUCUUGGCCAGCAGCAAACCCCAAAGUGUGUCAACUAGAGGGCAGUGAGGAGGCCAGGUGGGGAGUGAGGGAGGCCUCUGGGAGUCAAGGCAGCAGGUGGUGCUGGUGGUGAAAAAUCCCUGUGGCCGGGAGAGACUGAAACCACAGAAGUAACUGUACCCGUGAGAGACAAGGGCUGCUGUGGAAAAGCUGGCAAGAAAGCAGACAGCUCAAGCCAGGGACAGGAACCACCUUAUAUUAAAACGAGAGGAAAUGAGACAUUUAAAGGUAAUGUUCCCAGAACGCUCAGCAUGAUGUGAUCCUGGGACCCUUGAACAUGCUUGAAACAGACUUAGUAGCAGAAAGCACAGAACUCAGAAGAGUGGUGCUGAGGAAUGUGAAACUUAGGGAUCAUAACUUUGGAAAGUACCAAGACGAGGCAGAGUGGGUAGGGAGCACUGGACUGUGGGCAGAGUUGGUUGGUGAGUCAGUCUGUAGAGCCUUCUCCCUGGUCUCCGCCAGGCAAGCAUUCCAGAGCUCCCUGGGAGGGGGCACUCUGUGAAAGAGUCCAUUAAAAUGCAACAUACAACCCACUGACCCCCAAACCUUAAUGCCCACCCCUACCACUAGCUUUCCAUUCCCUCUUGGGUAUUUAAGCAAGGAAGGGACUGCCCUUGGCAAUGAACAGGAACGUUUUUAAUUGACAUUCUGAUUUAUGAUCCAUCAUUUAUAAGGUUUAAUUAAAUUCCUUUUGGUCUGAUCAUUGCAGUGUGAAGAGUAAAAUCUUGUUUCUUGCCCAGCUGCAGACCCUGUCCAUCAGGGUCUAACAGCCCAUGAGAAACAGCUGGAAACAUCCUCCUCCUAUCUCCAAUCUUGUUCUGUGAGUGACCCUGGCUAUGGAA